GUCUGGGUGACCCCAAACUUUUGAACGGUAGUGUAUCUGUGAUGCAACUGUGGUGCUUUGUAAUACGUCGCAAAAUUCCUGUGAGAAGAGAGCAGUCAAACCGACACCACGACCACACUGAAACCCAGUUUUGGGGUUCAACUUGAUUUUGCGUGUUUACAUCAGGACUGAACAGCUGAGCCUUGACCUGCUCAAAUCUGCAUCCUUUGUUUGUGUCCUUCCUGUCGUCUUGCUUCCUACCCAAUAAAACUGGAAUUUGCAGCACAGAUUUGCAGCUCCUUCGCAAACGUUAGCUCAGAUGCAUGAUGCGUAUAAACAUACUCUUUAUCAUGACUUGAUGCUCCUCAAACAGCUCGAGCAGGAUGUACAGUAUUCUCCUGUGUCUACAUCUUGAUGGUUUUUAACACUGGUGCAAAGACUUAACGAACAUGGGCUUAUUGAACCACAUGCAGUAAUCUCCGAUGUCUUUUGACGCAUUCCAGCUCAUGCUUCUUAAUGAUUGAUUAAAGAAGUAUUUCUUUUAAUUAUACAUGGGUGAAACUUGCUUUGGUCAGGUCUUUGCUGCCAGGACUGAUUGAAAUUGCAGUGUCGAUGAUUAGCUCUGGGCAGCUGCCAGGAUCUGGAUGUGGAUUAUGUAUGAGCUCAAUGGAGGAUUGAUUGGUUUGGGAACAAUGAAAGGAUGAUCCUGUCACUGGCCGGAGGUGUGUGUGUGUGUGUAUAUGGGGCUGGAGGACGGGACUGAAGGUCAAGGUGAGACAGAUGUCCUAUCUUCUGCUCCAGAGUACACAACUCUGACACGGACCCAUCCCUUAUGAGAUAAGGCGCUCCAGAUUUAAAGACCCACAAUCCUCCAACAGACCCAUUUGCAACCUUGUGUUAGACAGAAGUCACCAUGCUGUUGACUUUGCUGACGGAUGUCGUCUUGGGUCUGUUGGCCCUCCAGAUUGUGGCUACUGAUCAGAUCACAGUUCCAGAUCCCUGCUCAGCCUACAUCAGUCUGAAUGAGCCUUGGAGGAAUACUGACUACCAUGUCAACAACUCGGCUGGUGUGCCCUUGUGUGACCGUCAUGUAGCCGGUGAGUGGUAUCGCUUCACUGGUAUGGCAGGUGAUGCCAUGCCUACCUUUUGCAUCGAGGAGAACCACUGUGGCACUCAUGCACCAAUCUGGCUCAACGGAACCCACCCAUUGCCCUCCGAUGGCAUUGUCUCGUUGCCUACAUGUGCAAGCUUCAACGAUGACUGCUGUCACUGGCGUGGGAUAGUGGAUGUGAAAGCUUGUCCCAGGGGAUACUAUGUAUAUCGUCUGCCACGCCCUUCAGUAUGCUUCCAUGUGUACUGUGGCCAUUUCUACGACAUCUGUGAUGAAGUGGCAUGCACUGGUCCAAACUGUCCACUGCAACUAGAGUGCCAUUGUCCUGCUGGGACUGUUCUAGGGCUGGACUCCCAGACUUGUCUUGACAUGAAUGAGUGUGAGAGUAGCAAUGGUGGAUGUGCUGAAAAAUGCGUGAACACCAAGGGCUCAUGGCGGUGUGAGUGUGGCCCAGGCCGAGUGCUGGAUGCCGAUGGGCGGACCUGCAAUGAGAUCGCAGGUUGCCACAACGUGAAUGGAGGCUGUAGCCAUGGCUGCUCAUCAGAGGAUGACUCGUAUUACUGUCAUUGUCCCAGAGGACUAACACUGGGGGAGGACAAGCGGAGCUGCCAGGUCCCUGUGCAGUGUGAUCCCAGCUCUAUUGAUGUGUCUGUUCCCAAAGACCUUGUGGGUGGCCUGGAGCUCUUUUUGUCAAAUUCCUCAUGUCGUGGAGUCUCUAAUGGCACUCACAUCAACCUUCAUUUCAGCCUGAAGACCUGUGGCACUGUGGUCAAGGUAAUUGAUGACAAAAUUAUCAGCACAAAUCUGGUCACCGGACUGCCAAAGUCAAGUCCGACCAGCAGCGAAGACCUAAUUAUACGUACCAGCAAGCUUUUGCUGCCCGUAACGUGUGAGUUCCCAGGUCAUUAUGACGUAUCAGACGGUUACCUUCCCAAUGCACGCAGUUCUGCACUGGAGCUGUCAGGACACAGUGAGGGCAUCUUCCCCUUCACACUGGAGCUGUUUAAGAGCGCGGAGUUCUCCGAGCCGUACAACAAUCCUCCUCAGCUGCGCUUACAUGAUGCGUUGUACUUUGGCGUGGAGCCACGUGAGCGUGUGGAGGGUCUUGCUGCACUUGUGGAGACCUGCUUCGCCACGCCUGGCCCCAAAGCUGACCAAGUCCUCAAAUAUUACCUCAUUAAAGAUGGCUGUAUUUCAGAUGAGACAGUACGCCAGCUCUCAGCUAAAGAUCAGCUCUCCAAACACUACCAGGUUCCGGUCUUCAAGUUCAUCGGCAGUGACAACAGGGAGGUGUACCUGCAUUGCCGUGUGUUAGUGUGCGGUGAGGGAGAGUCACGCUGCACACAGGGCUGUCGCAGACGUCUCAGGAGAGACCUCUGGACUGAACAGCACCAGGAAAAACGCACACUAACUGGAGGACCCGUUCUCAUUCUGCCAGAUCCGUAACACAUGCGUGCAUGCGCGCGCACACAUCUGCCGUCCACCACAAUAGUGGUCACUCAAAUAUAAUCAUACCAUGCUUAUUACACAGACCCCAUUAACCCCGUAUUUUCAUCUAUCAGCUGGAAACUAAAUGUUUUCUGCCAUUCUGAUACUCGGCGCAUCACUGCCCGCGCGCACACACAUCUCGGCCUCAGUUUAUCCACAUCGCUCAUAAAUGCACUGACAUCUCACUUGUAUAUCUGAGUCAGUGAUGCGCUCUCUCUUGCGUCAUCAUACAUUCAUCUUGCCGCCGAGUUAAUACAAGCAUGAAACAUGAGCACAUCCACUUUUUUAGCUCUUCCAGAAUAUUUAUCACUUUUAAUACAGAAUGUACAUUUAUGUCGAUUACAAGUGAUCAUGUCAGCAAAGUUCACAUACAGUUUUACUACGCAAGUACUUUGGCAUCAGAUUUUUUAUAUGAAUAUGCAUAAUAUAUAUAUUAUAAUAGUUAGUCAGGUAUUUGUUCAUGGAUUAAUAUUAUUUUGCUUAAAAUAAACACAUUUUGUAAUUUGUUGCAGCCUCCCCAAGUGUGUGAGUACAGUGUUAUAAAGUACAGCGCUACUGUGUUAAAACUCUAUGCUAAUGAGUUCUAUGCCCAUGUCACAGCUGACUGGGCCAAAAUAUCAGCGAAUGUUUUGACGUACCAUAUGCUGUAUUUCUAGUAGGGAUACAAUGCAAUGCUACUUUCUAUAUCUGUAUCUGUUUAGUGCUCCAAAUAUCCCUGUUAAUAUUCAGAUUUAAAGCCAAAGUGGGUGUGGCCUAAACUUAAAAAAAAAAAAAAGAUAUGCCCGUGUGUAACCAUAUUAAAUCAUUAUGGAAAAUUCCAAAGCUUAAAAUAUAAACACUGUUUAACAUGGUGUGUGAAUACUGGCUCUGACAGUUCCUCAACCUCAGCUACAUCAUUCCAGUCUCAGCUGGAGAUGUGCGUGGGACUGUUUAAUCCUGCUUGUGCCAGUAUGAUUUUGUUUGUUUUUGUACGUGCCUGUGAUAUGGUCAAAUUUCCCAUAAUAUGUAUAAACUAACCCUAGUCUAAUUUAAGCCACUGUGUUACAAAUGAUUAAGAAAUAAACACUGUCUUUGUUUGUCCCUCAAGCUUCA